AUGCUCCAAACUCUCGCCAUGAAAUCCCUCGAUGCUUUGCCUGCGCCUUCAGAAGCGCCAACAGCCAGUCCCCGAAGUGUGGCUUCAUAUGACUUCGACACAGACUCAGACGAGGACCUGGCUCUUGGCGCACUCGAGGCCGAACUUUCAGGGAAAGGGGGCCUCAACCGUGUGCAGGCGGAGUGCGCAUUGUUUGUCUACCUAUUGAAAGAUAACCUCAAUGCCGGCGCCACCCCUAUCGUCGUCAUGUACCUCGCCAUCGCCUCUGCGACCACAGGAGCUACGUUGAGCGGCGCUGUAGCUGCCGCCAUGAUGGGCCUUCUCUACUUGUCGAUGUUCGACCUCGUGAACCAGUGGAGCGGUGUGGAGGAGGACAUGGUCGACAAGCCCUGGCGGCCCAUCCCACAGGGUUUGAUGACGGUUCGCGGUUGCAAGAUUCGUUGUGGAAUUGUCGCCAUGGCCUGUCUUGCGGCGUCCUACUUUUACUCGUUGGCUCUCCCAUGCAUGCUGUGCUUUCUUGCAACCUUCGGCUAUACAGUUGGUUGGGACAAGAAUUUCAUUUUUCGGGGGUUCGUUUUCAUGCCCAUGAUCUUCAUGAUCCACUUUCUCGUUUCGAUGCGCUUGGCACUCGGACCGUCUUCUGACAGCAAAGCGCUCUUAAACUGGGCGGUCACAUUCGCCGCCUACUACACGGUUCCUUUCUUGCUUCAAGACCUUCGUGACCUCGAGGGUGAUGCCAAAGUCGGCCGUCGGACACUUCCAGUUUUGCUGGGGGCCCGAAACUGUCGAGCCACCUUGUUUGUCUUAAUUGCUGUGCUAUCACCGCCAGGGUUCUAUCGACUGCUAGAAGCUCUUUGGGCUCAGCAGGCGUCCCUGGCUUCGGUGUGCACUUUGUGGAAUUCCCUCUUCAUCAUCGCAAUUUUGUAUAUGCUCGCCACCGGCGACUGUGUGAAAGCACACCGCCUGGCGUAUAAGCUAGUGGUUUUCAUGUAUACAUUUGGUACAGCCCCAUGCCUGUACUUUAUCGUGCCCUCCGUUCUGGAGUCGUGA